UUGGACAGUUGGUUUUUAUCUUCCAAAUCAUAGGAUCUCUCUCUUUCUAUCUCUCUAAGCUUUCACCUUCUUUUUGUUCUUACAUAUCUGACUAGAUUUCUUGCUCCUUCUUUCAUGAUUGAUUGACAGUGCAGAGGUGAAAUGAAAGGGGUAGCAUUGUCAUUUCCUGCAAUAUUAAUCUUACAUCAUUUUGUUCUGUCUAGUUAAGAUUACAACUGCUGUCUUUUUCUAUCAUUGAAAUAGUGGAAACAGAGGUCUUGUAACUCUGGAAGGACAGUUUUGGAGUCCAUUGAGUCUCGUAUUUUAUCACCAAAUACCUUAAAGACUCAAACUUGUUUCUGGGUUUUACUUGUUUCCCUGAAAGUUUUUGACCUGAUUCCUCCUUUUGAUCUGUAAACUCAAACAAGUGCCCCACUUGAGUUUAAUUUUGUUCUGUGUUGUCAAUACAAGUUAUUUUGCUCUUAUGUUCUUCGAUUUUUGACUAUUUUUUUUGCUAGGUUGACAACAGUUUUGUCUGUUGAAAGAUAUUAUCUUUUGUACCUCGCCUUGUUGGGUUUGCUUGUUUUUCAUUCAAAUUAUAGAAAUUCAAUGAGGAAAAGUUUCAAGAUUUAGAUCCAUGCUUUUGAAUUGGAGUUAUGAAAUGGGCUAAUUUUUUUGUAGUUUGAUUGAUGAUAAAGAAAAUAUUUUGUUCAUGAGGGUUUUGUUCAGCAAGAUCCACUGUCCGUCCUUCAUUUGCUUUUGCAAACCCUCUCCUAGUAUAUACACACCAGGACCAUUGAAAUUGGAAAACAGUCCUCAUGUGCCUUCAACUGCAGUUAUAUCAGUUGCUGAUGCCUCCUCUAAUGAUAAUCACGUGCUUAGUGAUUCCAUUGAGGUGAAGGAAGGGAGUGUAGGUGUUGAUGGGAAGCAGCCAGAGUCUCAGAAUAGCCUCAAAAGUAGUCUAAAAAGGGCAGCUUUUGAUUCCAAAGAGGUUGAUAAGAAGAAAGUGCAGUGGAUAGAUUUCUUAGGGAAAGAACUUGUUGAGAUCAGGGAAUUUGAGUCCAGUGAAACAGAAGAUAGUGACAGUGAAGAUCAGAGCAAUAGGGGCUGUGUUUGUACAAUUCUUUGACAUCUAUUAUAUAGCAUCCUUCUUGUGCAAGUUUACGAAGCGACUACAUCAAUUAUAAGAGAAAGAUGAAAAUAAUUUGUGACUACUCUCAGUCUAUUCAUUCCCUAGGGAAGACUCUAAGAAACUGAAGUGGAGUUAGAUCAGGUUCCCAUUCACUUCUGCUCUGCUGAAUCUACCCUCAAAUCAAAAUAUGUCCAGGAGAGAAGUCAAAAUAGUUGAUGUGAAAUGGGAAAAAUAUUGUCUCUUCCAAUUCUUUUACAAUGUAAUGGUUCAUUCAUUUAGCAAGUAUGACAUUACAUACAAGUUCACAAUCUAACUCCUGUUAAGUCACUUCUUUUAUGACAUUGGGUACUUAUCAUCAUGUUAGAUUCAUGAUUCCCUCAAUGAAUUUUAUAAAGCUGUUAUUAUAGCA